UGCAUGGAAACAAGCUAGCUGAGAUGCCAUUUGUUGGAACCGGUGAGAAGUACAGGGGCAAGGAAUGCUGCAGAAACUACUUACUGCCCUCGAAUCUGCCCUUUGCUUUCUGAAAGUGGAAAAUCUUGUGAUUCCAUCAGUACAUGAGCUUGUUCCAACGUGGAAGGAAAGGUACAGUUUUUCACCCAUACGCAAUAGCUUGAUGAAGGAUUUAAUCUUCACCAACACAUUGAUGUUUCCAACUACUAUCAGACUGCAAAAAUCCUUGGCGCUACAGCCCACAGACCGAACUGAUGCAGAUGACGAUAAACCAAAUGGAGUCAAUGAAAAAAAGAAGGUGGCACUUCCUGACCUGAAUCUUAAACACCUGAAAGAGGAUCUUAAUUGAUAUCUUAUUUUGUUUCACAGAGGCUUGUAUGAAAAAGUGGACACAAGUGUUUGAUGCCGUUGUACCAUUUGUUUGCUUAUUAUGCAAUUUUCAUGUAUAUAUGUAAACCAAGCGUAAUAAAAACAAUUAUAU